CCUUAUCUUGUUCUUUCGCUUGUUCAUGUUUAGCACGCAAAGUGUACACGGUGUCCAAAUCAGCUUCUGCCUUGUCAAUGCGAUUCUGCGUGAGUUCUCUGGCCUGUUUCAGCUCCCUGACCAGGGCUUCCAACUCCUCUGUGGAUGGAACACCAGGUGCAUGAAGGGCCUGGGCAUUUGCCAGAAGUGACGAGCGAAAACGGGGGUGGAACCUAAAUCCUACAAACAUGGCUCGGCUAAGGAAUGAGCGCACUGGAGCACACAAGAGUCAAGCUCAGGCGCUAACUGGCCAACGGAUCAUCGGAGAACGGCAAACGCCGAACCGAGGUCACACUUUUAUCAACCGACGGUCACCAGGAAACAUACAUCGGGCUGGGAAGUCCUCCUAGACGCUGUAUGCCGCCUGAAGAUGAUGGAGGGCCCUUGUCCCCCGCCGUUAGGCACCGCCAAUCGUUUUCUGAACCCGACAGCGACAGCGAGAUGGAUUUCGAAGUUGGGGAGAGUGAGGGCGGGGACGUUCGACUAGCCUUAUUGUCUAAGCCAUUGCCUUCUACGCACAAACGCGUCCUCAGCAACUCGCUACGCAGGGAGAAGGAGAGUACUGCAUCAUUAGUGAAAGGAAUACUAAAAGAGGCUGCGCCUACAUUAUUUGCCACAGUAAUUGGUAUGGUGGUCACUGGAGAGCUUUUGGUGCGCAUAUCUACCUGGAGGGUUAUGAGGGUUCUAGAUGAAUUAUUCAUUAUGAUACCGAUGCUCACUAAUAUGAAAGGAAAUCUUGAAAUGAAUCUAAGUGCGAGAUUGUCAACUGCGGCCAACACCGGGGAGCUUGAUAAUGCUCUUACACGUCAAUCUUUAAUAUUUGGCAACCUCUCGCUACUACAGAUACAGGCCAUUAUCAUGUCAACCCUCGCAGCUCUCUUCUCAUUUGCCCUGGGGAAAAUCCUUCCGUCUCCGGAGGAAGGCGUGGUGCCCCUAUCAGCGAACUCCACAACUAUUGCCCGAGGUUUAGCGCCCGUCACGUUCCCACUCACGUGGAGGAGUGUGACACGUCCCACCAAGUUGCCCCUGCAGAAAAGCAGAUCGGGCGCUAAAGAGUUUUUCAAUGUCCUGAGCAUUGCAUUUGCUUCCGCGUCAGCGAGCGCCUUAAUACUGGGCUCUUUCAUGUGCACGGUUGUUAUUCUUUGCAGAAGAUUUGAUCUCAAUCCAGAUAACAUUUCGCCGCCCCUGGCCUCAUGUUUAGGGGAUCUAAUAACUUUAGCUCUUCUUGGGUUCAUGGCCACUGUUAUAACUCUUCCGGCCUUUUCCUGGUUGCCUAUCUCCGCACUAAUCAUCGUUUUUGUCAUCGUAACUCUCAUUGCGUCGGCUUAUACCACACUGCGAAACACUAUUUCGCGCCAACACAUCUCACAGGGCUGGACCCCGCUUGUAUGCGCCAUGGUAGUAUCUAGCGGGGCGGGUCUCGUUCUUGAUAGAUUCGUUACAAGAUGGGAAGGCUAUGGGGCGCUUGCCAUAGUAAUAUCCGGAUUACCAGGUUCUAUUGGAUCUAUCUUCGUGUCACGCUUGUCGACGGACCUCCACGCUGGACCGGCGAUGAUUGCGCAUCCGUCAGGGAAAAAGUACAUUAUCACAUCUAUGACACUGGGUUUCGUUGGCCUGCCUGUUCUGUUUAGCUACCUCGCCUUUAUGUGUGGGGCAGGAUGGCUAGAUGUCCCAGGGGUGUUCCUGACAGUGUAUGUGGUGGUAUUUUGCUUUUCUACCGCUCUCUCUCUGGGACUCGCUUACUUUUUAACCCAGUUCUUAUGGGCGCGGAACUUGGACCCCGAUUGUUAUUGCCUUCCCAUCCAUUCUUCCCUAAUUGAUUUGGCAGGACAGUGUCUCCUGGUUGUUGCAUACCUUGUAUCAAGCGGCCUCGGAGCAGACGUGAAAUUGAAAUUACCUUCAUGAUGUCCUUACCUCACUUAGUCAGAGCGCGAUGGUAUGUGUGUG